GUAUUAAUUUAUUUUUUUUAUUCAAGCUGUUUUCAUGGCUUAAAAAUACAAAAAAAACAUGCAUUCUUACCGUGAGUGGGGUCGCCUCUCCGCAACUUAAUGCCACACUGCGGAAAUUUCUCUUCGGAGACAAGCAGGAGAGUCCCAGAGUGCGGCUUUAACGUGCCCCCGGUGCUGUUGCCGUGCGCAGAAUGGCAGGUUUGGCGAACACUUCCCAGAGGCUCUCGGUGAAAACCUGGACGGAGGAGGAGAGCGAGAGAGCGGACAGCGCCCUCAGCAGGGGGCAGUCCGUGUGCGAUGACACGUCCUCAGAACUACAGAGAAUGGCCGCCAUCGACAGAAGAGACAUCAACUCCCAGAAUUCCCUGCGCGGUCGAGGAGCUCUGUCCAGAAUCGUGGGCAUGGUUCUGACUCUGCGGGACUGGGCUCACAAAGGUUUACACGAGGAGGCGGAGCGACCGGACUCCUUCCUGGAACGCUUCAGGGGCCCCGCCCACCCCGACCUGCAGGCUCCGCCCAGUCGAGUCAGCUACAGCAACACAGGCUCAGACCCCGAGGAGAGGAGGCAGAGGAGGAGAAAGAAAAGAAAGUGCCGUAUAAUUGUCCUGAGUCCAUCAGAUGACCUGUAUUACCACUGGCUCUGUGUGAUCGGGACAGCUGUGUUUUACAACUUCACUUUACUGGUGGUCAGAGCGUGUUUUGAGGAGCUGCAGGCGGAGCACGUCCUGGUCUGGUUGGUGUUGGAUUACGUCUGUGAUGGAAUUUACAUCCUGGACAUCGCGGUGCGCCUCCACACCGGUUUCCUGGACCAGGGUCUGUUGGUGCGUGACUUGUCUCGCCUCAGACAGACUUACGUCCGAACAGUGCAGUGCUGGUUGGACCUGGGCUCUGUGCUGCCCACAGACCUGCUGUACCUGUGGGCGGGGCCGGACUACACCCCUCUGCUCAGGUUCAACCGCCUGCUGCGUUUGACCCGCCUCUCCGAGCUCUUCGAACGCACAGAGACCCGGACCGGGUACCCCAACGCCUUCAGGAUCUGCAAACUGGUGCUCUACAUCCUGGUCAUCAUCCACUGGAACGCGUGUGGGUACUACAGUUUCUCCUUGGUCCUGGGUUUGGGCUCAGACUCUUGGGUUUAUCCAAACGCCUCUGACCCCGAGUUCACGUCUCUGACCCGGAAGUACAUCUACUGCCUGUACUGGUCCACGCUGACGCUCACCACCAUCGGGGAAACACCGCCCCCUGUCAGGGACGAGGAGUACCUGUUCCUCAUAUUCGACUUUCUGGUCGGGGUCCUGAUCUUCGCCUCCAUCGUGGGGAACGUGGGCUCGAUGAUCUCGAACAUGAACGCCACCAAGGCCUCGUUCCAGAGCCGAGUGGACGCUCUCAAGCACUACAUGCACUUCAGGCACGUGAGCAGAGGCCUGGAGCAGCGCGUGAUUCGCUGGUUCGACUACCUCUGGACCAAUCAGAAGACGAUAGACGAACAGGAAGUGCUCCGGAGCCUGCCCUGUAAACUCAGAGCGGAGAUCGCCAUCAACGUGCACCUGGACACGCUCAAGAAGGUUCGUAUCUUCCAGGACUGUGAGUCUGGUCUCUUGGUGGAGUUGGUGCUAAAACUUCGACCUCAGGUGUUCAGUCCUGGAGAUUACAUCUGCAGAAAGGGAGACGUGGGGAAGGAGAUGUACAUAAUCAAAGACGGCCGCCUGGCUGUUGUUGGGGACGACGGCGUGUCUCAGUUCGCCGUUCUGACCGCGGGCAGCUGCUUCGGCGAGAUCAGCAUCUUGAACAUCAGCGGGAGCAAGACGGGAAACCGCCGCACCGCCAACAUCCGCAGCCUGGGCUACUCCGACCUGUUCUGCCUGUCCAAAAACGACCUGAUGGGGGCGCUGCAGGACUUCCCCGAGGCCAGAGCGCAGCUGGAGCAGAGGGGGCGGGACAUCCUGAAGAAGGAGGGGCUUCUGGAGGAAGUGAGCGUCUCCGCGGGGGAGGAGCUAGAGGAGAAGGUGGAGAGGAUGGAGGCGGGACUGGACCGGAUACAGAGUGAGUUUGCCUCGUCUCAGAUGCGUCUGAAGCAGCGGCUCACGGCUCUGGAGGCCGGACUGACCGCGGCAGCGACCGGCAGUGACCUCUCCGACCCCGAGGGCAGCGACACCAACAUGCAGCUGUGA